AUUUCUUUGCAAUCGCAGAAGCAUAAGCACCACGUAGAAAUCGCAUCAUUAUGCUCUUAAAUUUCCUAUUGUAUCUAAUCAACUCUCCAUUUUUUAAAAUAAAGCUCUCUCUGCAAGAUUUGUAACCUACUAAUCUGGGAGUUCCAGUUUUAGAGUUUUGUAAUUGUAUUUUCUUGGACUUGGCUAAUCAGAGAGGUGAUGACUCUGUGCCCAAAACAUGCUUACAUGGCUGUAGUUCCAGUAUGGUGCAAAAUGCCCUACAAAAAUUACAUUCAUUCACCUCAAAAUUCAGCAAGACAGCAUGAGAGAGGCCUUACAUGUGUAUGUUAUGCCUUUCCACAUGGAAAUAUUUCCAGUGAUGCACGCAAGAAUUUUCCAGCCUUAUAUUCAACUGCUGAUAUUUUGAUGAAAACCAAAACAAGAGGAGAAGUGAAUGUCUCUAGAGAAGCAAUUCUCAGCCAAGGCACUCUGCAUUUCCAGAACAUGAUUGAAGUGUCAGACCUGCAUAGAGUCUGGAACAUAAAAGGAGAAAAUUUCUAUGCGGCAUCAGAUUCACCAAAGAAUAGUAAUAUUGAGAAGCAACUGGGAUCUCUAGAUUCUUAUUUUAGGAAACUUCAAGGUGCUAUAACUCAGCCCCCUUCAGAUUCUUCUAAUGAGACAAUAAAACCACUUGAUAAAAGUGAACAAAUCAAUGCAAUGGAGGAGCUGAAAUCUUUAAAUUCUUAUCUUGGAAAACUUAAUAAAGAUGUAAACUUCAAAAAUGAUUUGCUAUCUACUUUUGAUGGCCAAACUUCAGAAGAAGUAAAUCCAGCAGAAAAACCAUUCUCAGUUUAUGAAGAUUCUAGAAGAGAGGAAGGGGAGAAGCCGAAAAGUUUUGUGAAGUACAGAAAAAAGGAUGUCAAUAUAGUUUCUAUGACGUCUCAAUCCUUGAGGCAAAAUGGUGAAACUUCUGAUUUCUACUUAAUAAGCAGUUUGGUUUCAAUAAACAUUGCUGUUUUUCUGUUUGAAAUAGCCAGUCCAGUUAGGAAUUCUGAAUUUGAGCUUCUUUCUCUCCCAUUAUUAUAUGGAGCAAAAAUAAAUGAUUUGAUCCUGGUCGGAGAAUGGUGGAGGCUAGUAACACCAAUGUUUCUGCACUCAGGGGUGUUUCAUGUGGCUCUUGGUUGUUGGUCACUUCUUACUUUCGGGCCUCGAGUUUGCCAAGGUUAUGGUUCAUUUACGUUUUUCUUGAUAUACAUACUUGGCGGCCUUUCUGGCAACUUGACAAGCUUUCUUCACACACCAGGACCAACUGUUGGUGGAACAGGACCAAUAUUUGCUAUAAUUGGAGCUUGGCUUGUUUAUCAAAUGCAAAACAAAGAUGUAAUUGCUAAGGAUGUUUCAGAGAGUUUAUUCCAGAAGGCCAUAAUCACAACUGGUCUCGCUUUCAUAUUGAGCCAUUUUGGUCCAAUUGAUGACUGGACACAUUUGGGAGCAGUUCUCACAGGCAUAGCAUAUGGCUUUUUCACAUGCCCUACACUACAACUGGAUAAUGCAUCUUCAAGAACUGGUCAGGAUGAAGGAAUUGCACUUGUUAGAGGAUAUGCCAAUCCUUGUAAAUCACUGGCUUUAUUUGCAGUCUUCAUUCUUUUCUUGAGCUCUUUGCUUUUCUUUGCUGAACCUCCACUAGACACUGGAGUGAGUGAUGACUUUGUAUGGUUUCUUCAAUACCUUAAUUAAUGUAUUGGAUUCAUUUAAUUGGGGGUGAAAGACAAAUAUGUGUAUAUAUAGAAUAAAUAAUGUCUUCAUAAUAUCAUCUCUUUUGGAAUUGUUGAGGAUUUAA